AUGACGAUGUAUCCCGACAACGAACCCACGAUCUCCUCACGGUCCAUCUACAGCGGGCGGAUCAUCGACGUGCGGGUCGAUACGGUACAGUUGCAGAACGGUCGGCAAAGCACUCGGGAAAUCGUCGACCAUGCGCCGUCGAUCUGCGUGGUGCCGGUGGACUCUGAUGGCAACGUCCUGCUGGUGCGGCAAUACCGGAAACCCACGAACGACUUUCUCCUGGAGGUUCCGGCGGGCGGGAUCGAGUCCGGGGAAACGCCCGAAGAAGCCACGCGGCGCGAAUUGCAGGAGGAGAUCGGCCACACGGCGGAUAACCUGGUCGCGCUGUCGGCGUUCUGGCUGGCUCCCGGUUGGUGCUCGGAGUACAUGUACGCGUUCCUGGCAACCGGCCUGACCGCGGCUAACCUGGACUCCGAUGAGGAUGAAUUCAUCGAGGUAGUACGCGUGCCACUGAGUGACGCUGCCGGCGUGAUUGGCCGGGGCGAGAUACAGGACGCCAAGAGCGUGGCGGCGCUUUUGCUGGCCGCCCGGGCGCUCGGAGCUGACUAG